CUUGGCAUGGAGUAAUUUCCUCAUGCGAUUCAUUGCUAAGUUAUUACUAUUACUCUGGCAUCCCUUCUGUUGAAGACCGCAAAGCACUUUGGUUAAUGGAUUACGAAACAUGUUUUUACUGAAAUAAAAUCAGAGUGAAGACAAAGGUCGUGGAGAGUGAAAAUGGAGUCCCAAGAUUACGCUGCUGGCUUUGUGGACCAGCACCGGGCUGAGCUCAUCGAGAGGGUGAGGGCAGUGGACCCCAUCGGGAGGGGUCUGCUCCCACACAGGACGAUGCAUACCAGGUUGACCAUGCUGCUGAAUGAUACCAGUCAGAACAUCAUGAAGAACAUCUACCAAGACCUGGACCUUGGAGGAGCACCUGCGAAAGAGGCUUUUUACAAACUUCUGAAGGAACACGAGCCUCAGCUCAUUCAGGAGCUGGAGACGGAAAAGGUGAGUGGAGAGAUUCAGAGUCACGGUGAAGAGCCACAGCAUCUAAAGGAAGAAAGAGAGAAAGAGAGACAGGAGCUGGAAGCGUGGAGAGCAGCCAGAGAAACAGAGGAAAGGAGGCUUCACCAAAUGAGAUGUGAACUCCAGAGAGAGAGGGAGGAGGUGGAGAGAAUAAGGGACACGAUCCAGAAAGAGAAGGAGACCAUGAACCUGAAGAAGAGAAAACAGAGGGUUAAACAUCAGAUAAAGGAGGAGAAUGAGACCAGGAAACUGACCAGUGAGAGACCGAGUAAAAUCGGGGUGGCACUGAAAAGCCUAUUAAGAAAAUGUCAAAGUAUGGACCAAAUUCUUAAAUUUGCCAGUGUCCCUGAGCUCCGGUUGGUGGUUCUGGGGAGAAGUACAGCUAGGAAAAGCUUAAUAGCAAAUGCCAUCCUGCGCAGAGAGGUGUUUGUGUCUGGGACGCCCUCACCGACACAGGUCCAGAUGAGCAGCGAGAGGAAAAUCAGGAUUAUUGCCGGGAGACAGGUGGUGGUGGUGAAUACUCCAGACUGGUUUAGCUCUACAGUGUCCCAGUUUGAGCUGUGGCAGGACGUCAAACACUGCAUGGAAUUGUCAGCUCCAGGGCCCCAUGCCUUUCUCUUGGUCACAGAGAUGCAUGAGUAUGGAGAGGUGCAGGCAACAAUAUUAGAGAAGAUGAGGGAGAUACUUGGAAAUGAUUGCUUUCCACACACCAUUGUCCUACUGACUCACGCCAGUGAACUGACAGAGAGCAUCACUGGAAGCUUUGUGCAUACUGGCAGCUCAGACCUCCAGAGAAAAAUGACCAGAUGUGGUAACAGGUAUCAUAUCAUCAACACCAGUAACUGGCCUGAAAGCUAUCAGAUCUCCUGGUUGCUGGAGAGCAUAGCGAAGAUGGUUGAAGAAAACCAAUGGAGCUUCUACAGCAGUAAAAUGCAUAAAGAGGUGAUGUCUCAGAUUCAAGAGAUGGAACAAAAGUUUCAGAGGGAAAGAGCCGAGAGGAAACUGAGAGAAGAACUGGAAGCGAAGAAGAAGUUUGAGAAGGAGCUGCAAGACUCUCUGAGGGAGAGGGAGACCGUGAUUCAGGUACAGAAGAAAAAGAUUGUAGUGCUGGAGGAGAAGAUAGUUGAACUGGAGGAACAGCUGAAGGAAGAGAGGGAUGAAGAAAAGAAAAAAGAACUUGAAGAAGAACUGAACAAAGAGGUAGAGCUGAGGAAUGUUAUGCAAAAUGAGGUUAAGCAAUUCAAGGAGGAAGCAGAGAAAGAAAAAAGUGAGCGGGAGGAGAAACACAGACAGGAGAUUGAAGAGAUCAGAGAGGACUAUGAGGAGAAGGCUGAAGCAGAAAGAUAUGUGAUGAAAAUACUGCUACCUGAAAUGUUUAGCAGACUACAGUCCACAUUAAAAACCAAGAACAAUGAAUAUGAGAGACAGAUUGAGGAAAAGCAUCAUGAAAUAGCUGUUAUAAAGGAAGAAAUGCAGAAGUUAAAGACAGAGAUGAACAGAGAGAUGGAGGAGAUGAAGAGGGUGAUUGCGAGAGUGCAAGUAAACCUGGAGAGCAGCCCACAGCUUGAGGGAACUGCAGUCUGAACUCUGCAGCUGUGUGUGUGUGCAGUCUGUAUGUUCCUCCUGUGUUUGGGGUUUUUAGAUGUUUGUUCAUUUCCUUCUAUCUCAGGUGAAUUGAUGACUACAUUGCUCAUAUUGUGUGAAUCUGUGUCUGCCAUUGAUUGAUUAUACAUUUUUUAUUCUGUGCAGGUGUGUCUCUUAGCCAAUGAAUUACUUUACUCCCAAAAAAUUCUACUACGCUCCAUCAGGUGGCAGUAUCACUCCAACAAACUGUUAGAAAAAAAUAUUUAAAUGUCUGUUGAGUAACUAGUAAACAAGAUGCAUAUUGUACAAAUUAAUGUAUGUAUAAAUUAUGUUUUAUGUCUUUAUGAGUAUGUCAGCUUAGCCAUUUCAGAUCUUUCUUGAAAGUCACCCCGGUAUUUGCAGUAACUGUUUUAUAUACCCAUAAAUUUGAAAAAGAACUAAACAAAGAGGUGGAGCUGAGGAAUGUUAUGCAAAAAGAGAUUAAAAGACUCAGAGAGGAAGCAGAGAGAGAAAAAACAGAGGAGAAACACAGACAGGAGAUUGAAGAGAUCAGAGCGAACUACGAGGGGAAGGUCUAGGCUGAAGCAGAAAGACAUGUGAUGAAAAUACUGCUACCUGAACUGUUU